AUGGAUUGUUCCUUUCUGAUUUACGAAAACUGUUUUGAUAAAAAAAGUGGAUAUUGUGCCUUUUUCUCUCCCUCUUUCUUUAUCUAUCUAUCUAUCUAUCUAUCUAUCUAUCUAUCUAUCUCAGUUUAUUCAUUAUCUAUCUAUCUCAGGUGUCGUUUCUUUCUUUUCCACAUCUUCCAGCCAAAUAUCUCUCUUUUAAUCCCUUCUACUUCCAUGCCCUAUCAUCAGCAUCGUCUCUCCGCACAGAAUUUCCGAAAACAACCCUACAGUUCUUUAGAUUACAAGUCAUUUAUUUCUUUUCGUUUUUCUCUCUCUCCAGCUCACCAUUAUCUUUCUCCAUAUCUCCCACCUUGUUUCUUCUUUCUUUUCUCUUUCCUACAUAUUCGGCCUCAUUUCAUUUUCUUUCUUUGUUUCGUUCUUUAUAUCGCUAAAGAAAUUCGAUCAAAUCAUCUGAGCGUUUCUUUCUUCUAUAUCCAUCGUUUUCCUUUGUGUCAUUUCCCAUAUCACUCUUUUUCUUUCAUUAUUUUUUCUAAGUUCGUUCAUUUUUCCUUAAUUUUCCAUAUUUUCUUUAUUUUCUUUCUUCCUUGCCCUUCAAUUUUUUUCUGCUUUCUUUUCUUCACUUUCGCUUUUAUGUUCAAUGUUUCUUCCAUUAAUAUUCCGUUCGUUUUUCUUCUUUCAUUAUUUCCCUCUUUAUUUUCUAUGUCAUUCAUUUUUAUUCCUUCCGUUUAUUUCUUUUGA